AUGACCAAUGACAUGAACGAGGAUGGAGUGACCACCUAUGGCAAUGAAAUUGUAAAUUCGAAUACCAAAGCAAGUACUAAUGAAACAGAAACGACUGUUGAACAUGGUCCUCAGCUAGGUUUGUUUUUCCGUAGCUUGGAAUCUUUCUUCAAAGCAUAUAAAGAGCAUGCAAAAUGUAAAGGCUUUGCUAUUGUGAAGAAAUCAACAUGUAAGGGGAGGAAUGAUGACAGAAGAUAUCAGACUAUUAGUUGUGACAAAGGAAUGAAAGCAUAUUAUGAGAAGUCCUUGAAGAGGACAAAUUGUCCUGCUAGCCUUAUGGCAAGGCAUAAGAAUUUGAAUCCUGAAGUGAGGAGAAAUCGAGAGGCUAAUGAUAUUGCUGGGUUCAGGCCUUGCAAAAACAUUAGGUUGCUUGAAGUCCAAUUUGGUGGGCUAGAGAAUCUAACAUGGUUGUCAAAGGAUCGUCACAAUUUCAUUGAAAAAAGAGAGGUUGAGACUUGGUUUUCCAAUGUCAUUUGGGUUCAUCCUCGUUCCAAAGUUGCUUACAAGGAGUUCAAUGAUGUUGUUAGCUUUGACACAACAUACUUAGUGAACCAAUACAAAAUGCCAUUCGCUACAUUUGUAGGCAUCAACCACCAUAGAUAG